UGGGCGGGACCAAAAACAGAAAUGAUUUUAGGAGCAAAGUAAAAAGUCCCUAAUAGGUGGCUGUUUCCAAUCAGGGAACUAAAUCUGGACACACAGAAUGCAAAUUGGAUCCCGAAAAUAGCAGACUUUCAGGAAAUCUGUGAUCUAGUAGGGGUAAGAUUUCCAGGAAUGAAUUCCCUUUGGAGUUUUGGCUAUCUUCUCCUGGGAGUGGCAUUGUCACAAACGACCAGUCCAGAUCAAUGCAGAUGUGAAGAGAGAGCAAAUAUAUGCUCUUUCAUUCCAGGAACUCCUGGAAUCAGUGGCCCACCUGGACAAAAGGGUGAUCAAGGACUCCAAGGACCUCCUGGAAAAGCUGGACCUCCAGGUCCUAAAGGUGAUCAUGGACCAAUGGGUGACAGAGGACCAAAGGGAGACCAUGGAGGAAAAGAACUUCAGCACCUUCAAUCUGAGGUGACCACUUUGAAAGAACAACUAGAAGAUUUGAGAAAUGCUAUCCUCAGAAAUCAAAAUGCUCACUUAUUCCCAAAUGGCAGAAGUGUUCAUCAAAAGCUCUUCAAAACAGAUGGCUCCCAAGGCAGUUUUGAGGCUUCCAAGGCCACCUGCUUCCAGGCUGGUGGUCAGCUUGCUUCCCCAAGGACUCCUGCUGAGAACUCAGCCAUCCAGCAAAUAGUCGCUCGACAUAACAAGGCAGCAUACCUGGGGAUGAAUGACUUGCAGUCAGAAGGCACAUUUAAACAUCUGAACGGUGAUGAGGUAGAACACACAAACUGGGCAAACGAAGAGCCCAACAACGCUGGAGGGAAAGAGGACUGCAUUGAAAUUUACCUGGAUGGCAAGUGGAAUGACAGGUCUUGCAGUGAGAGACGGCUAAUUGUAUGUGAAUUUUAAUAUCUCCCCUUAUAGUUGAAGUCCUCUGCACAACUACAACCUUAAAAUCAGUCAUAUUUGGGAAUUCACAAUGGGAACCCUGUAGCUGCUCCUGUCACCUAGGAGCAUGAAGUGACCCAUUUGGCAGAGCUUAGAUAGAAGGUUAUUUUUUUUUCUUUUUAAAAGAAGGAAUAUAAUGACAUGAGAGCAAGGGUGGUACAGUGGUUUGACUGUUGCACUAGGACUGUGGGAGACCAGAGUAUGAAUCUCUUCUUAGCUCUGGAAACCCAUUGGUGACCUUACACAAGUCAUACUCUCUUAGGACUUUAUCACACGUGAGGAAUUUCUCAUAAUUUCGGGUGAAAAGAAAGUGGGGCCAGAACACAUUCACGUGAAUUCGCUAGUU